AAUACACAUGUCCAUAACAGUACAUCUGUCCCAUUCCUUGAAUAUUAAUGUUUGAUAAGUUAUAAAUUUUACUCUUAAUAAUUGCACCAGAAACAUCUAGUCUCACACCUUACACAGAGCUUUGAUUAUAUUCCUGCAUGUUUCUUUACACUAAAGCGUUCGCUAUAAUUGUUUUACUUCUGUUUACAUGAUGUUUUGUAAAGGUGUUAACACUCCCUAAUAUAAAAAGCCUCUGCCACUUCACACAGCUCCAUUAGUGAUGGCACUCAUCUUAGUUUUGCCAAUGAGAAGCGUGGAAGGUGGUUUCCCAUUUAUUAUGCUGCAGUUUAGGCAUUAAAUCAGGCUCGGUACUGCGUGUUUAAAAAUGGGAAAGUACGUAUAAGAGCUGUGUAGGGCCGAGCAGUAGCCCCCUUUUAGCAGAAUUCUAGGCUCAGGGCUCGUGCCCCGUAACCGUUUUUUCACAAGUGUAAGGGCCGGAGCAGGCAGCGGUACCUCUACCCGGCCCUAGCCCGAAGGGGACAGGGCUGAACGCUGGACAGUGAUGCGGCCGCCACAGCCCCCUGCGGAGACGUGGCGUAGCGAUGGCAGCACGCGCUCGGUUUAUGCUGAACCGUUAACAUCGCCCCUGGAUUGCCGUUUUGGGGGGGCUGGGGUAUUGAUCCGUCCUCCUGCCCCACCACCCUGCUGCCAUUGGCCUGCCCCAGCCGCACCCGCCGGCGGGGCCUCACCGAACCGCGCGGCUGCGUGUCCGGGGUGGGCGGGCCGCGAUGUGCCCUGAGCGGGGUUCCGGCCCUGGCACCUGGGAAGGAAGCAGCAAGAACCGCUUCUCCCGCGGGGGAAGACGGGUCCCUCCGCACCAGCUCCAGAGCGCCCCGCCCGGGAAGACGGCCACGAGGUGCUGCGCUGCCCUACAGGAGCAACCGUUGUUCGCUGGUCCGGCAGCAAACCCGGCUCCUUGCGCCCCGAGUCCCAGGCUGAAUCGAGUCCCGGCCGCAGGAGGCGGGGCUAAGCCGGCAGGACCCAGGCGCCUGCGCCCGGCCAUGGAGGGGGAGCUCGGAACUUGGAGUGGAAAUGUAUUGGAUUAUUUUCUGAACGCUAACCAGAUUAAAACCAGAGAUGGAGCAGAAAUUAUCUGGUAUCAUGCAGCAAACAAUAAAUCACAAAUGAAAGAGGCAAUACAAAGUGCUGCUCAUAUGGUAGAAGCAGAUAUUCUUCUUUGUGGUGAAGAAGGAAAUGGUGAACCAAUCAUGGCUCAUCCUCCUGAAACAAACAGUGACAACACAUUGCAGGCGUGGCUAAAUGAGAUUGUGAACACUAAAAAAGGCAUCAAGCUGGAUUUUAAGAGUCUAGCAGCGGUGAAGCCCUCUAUGAUGCUUCUUGAAGGCAUAAAGUUGCAUCUAAGGCGACCUGUUUGGAUUAAUGCAGACAUUCUCCCUGGACCUAAUGGAAGUAACACUGUUGUGGAUGCAAAAAGAUUUCUAGACACUGUAACUUCAUUCUGCCCGGAUGUGACCUUAUCGUUGGGCUGGACAACUGGGUGGCAGCCUCAACAAUGCAAUAAAGGAUACAGUUGGGCAAUGGUGAAAAAGAUGGCUCAGAUAUGUGAUGCACUUACUCAGCCUGUAACAUUCCCUGUUAGAGCAGCUUUGGUACAACAGUCAACAUCUGAGUUGCUUUGGUUAUUACAGAAGUCAAACAGGUACAGCCUGACUGUUUGGACAGGAAGGCAUGAUGAGUACUCCAUAGAAGACUUGCUCUACCUCAGAGAGAACUUGGAUAAAAGUAGGGUUUAUUAUGAUAUUUUGGAACCACAAAACUCUGAAUUCAGAAAGGCCAUAGGAAUAGAAGUAUGAAUAUAAAGGAAAUAGACACUGACACUAUAAAUAGUAAAUGAAACUAUGAAUUCACACUACUGUGGCUCUUUUGGGUAAUACUGAUCGCUAAUUUGGCUCAUGAACAACUGAGGUCUGAGUAUCGCUGGUAUAGGUAUACAUGGCCCUCCCUCAGCUCAGAGGACUGGACUAGAUGCGCUCUCAAGGUUCCUUCCUGAUCUACAUUUCUGUGAUUUCUUCUACACACUCAUCUCCACUGGUUUCCUGUGAAGCAGUGGGUUUAUUUUAAGGGCUCAUCUACACAAAUGUACACCAUAAUAACUAAAUCUAUUGUAAUUUACUUCUUUUGUUAUUUCAGUGCAAGUCUGCAUGUGGACACUCUUAUUUUGGAAUAAGAGCACUGAAAUAGGACACAUUCCUACGUUCACAUGUUACUCCAAAAUUUGGACCCGAGGCACCCAAUAAUGGCCUGCCUAUAACUGUAAACAAAUUGUCAAUUUAGCCUGUGUUAAUGGGUAACAGGAGGUGGCCUGCCCUAGAGGAAUUGCCCAGGUUUUACCAGGGAGUUUGUCUCUGCCCCUCAGAGGUCUGCCCAGGACAGACUAGUUCUGUCAAACCAUGAGAGGACCCGGAUACAGGCUUCCGCUCAAAGGAUUGACGCUAAAGCAGUAAUUCUUCAAAAACAAAGUAACAUCUAUUUAAGUAAAUAUUCAGUUACAAUACAUUUAAUAAUCAAGAAAGAAUGCAUUGUGAAACAUAACCCAGAGCAUAGUACAGUUGCAUUGCAUUUAGAAAUCAUAUAGGGAGGCGACACGACAGACUACAUAAACUAUAUAGCUGAUACAAUGUUGCACAAUACAAUACACAUAGACCCUUUAUGCAUAUGUAUAAAGCCUUAAUGCAGUGCUACAAUAUAAUACCAAACUUAUUACAAUGUAACAUACAGAACUCUUUUACAUAUGUAUAAAACUGCAUUACAAUAUUACACAUUAAAGGACAUUACUAAAUAACAUUCUAUGAGUUCUGAUCAGGCAGUCAUAGAAUGGUGGGGUAAAAUCCAUUCAGACACAGACAUUCAGUUUUAUUUACAAUCAGUCCCACGCAUUCCUUAUCAUUAAGAAGGAAUUAUACUUACUUUCUUU